AUGGCUACCGCAAGCUCCACCAAGCCGAAGCUACCCCAGCUGACAACGCCGGUCACCGCGACCUUUCCCUCUCACAUCACAGCGCAGUCGCCUCUAUCAGCGAAGCCCAGGUCGGCGGACCCCACGAGGACGCCAAUCAGCCCUCCUCUCGCCUACACCGACUUCCUGAGGUUCAUGUCCAUCCACUCACCCGUGGUCUACAAGAGCUCUCUCUCUGGGGAUACCACGCCCGGCUCGGGUCCCUCCACGGCCACCACCGCGCCGUCCGACUGUUCGCCCAAGCUUGAGUUCAACCUCAAGAUACCGCCAUCGCCAGCCGUGUCCAACUACGACUCGCCCGUCAGCGCCCGCUCGCCAUGGAGCGGAAGGUCAUACACUAAAUUCGACUGGGACGCGGCGCUAAAAGCGCGGCGAUUCGAGAUGAAGAAGCAAAACGCAAAGGCGACAUCAAGAACAACUGUGCGGCACAUCCGAGAGGUUAUUACCCGGACGGUAACCUAUACGCCGAGGAUGGCCCCCGCCCCCAAGGGCAAGAGGAGGAAAAUCGAGUAA